AUGGCCAAAGUGGUUGAUUCACCUCGUUUCCGGAUUGAUUCCGAAAGCGAAGAUGAAGUUGACAUCGAGCUUGGAACACCGCGUGAUACAGUAGUAGAAAGCUCAGAUGACCAAACCUCGGAGCACGAUACAGCGGCCCUUCUCGAUACUGAUCGAAGAAGAAGACAAGUAAAAAAAGCUUCUCUGACCGUGCUCUUCCUUUUGCUUGUGGGGGUAAGCAUCGGACUGGCUGCUCGUUUUUCGCGAGAUCAUUCCAAAGUCCAAAACGGACAUGUGGUGCCCUUCUUUGAUGUGCAGUUCUACCCGGGUGAGAGAGCUAUCUUCGUCAUCAGCAAAGAGCACUGGAAUUCUUCAUUUAUUGUGUAUCCGACUGUUGUGAAGCGUGCUGCUCCUGUGAUUACUGGCGUAGAAAGAGGUGGCAUCUUGCUGGAAACCAACGAUUUCGUUUUCCACUUCGAGUUCUCUGCUGACGGGCGGCAUUUGCAGCUUGUACAGGAAUACCAUUACGCUAGUCUGCACGGAGACAAAGCCGAUGAACUCCAGCAAAUAUUUGACGAUAGUCAGUGGCCAGGAUUCAAUACUAAAGUGCCUAUUUACGCGGAGACGGACGACGCGUAUUACAUUCCGUCAGAUCUAUUCCUCUCGAACGGAUUCUUCGUGUCGUCUGUCUUGGCUUCGUCUGAUUUCACGGCGCUCGAUGGCCCGUCAGAGUCUUUUGCUCGCAACACAAUGCUCUUUGUCGAGUAUGAGCUUCCCUCUGGAGUCAUGGAGGUCAACUAUGCCAUUGGUUUAUUACCAGACGAGAUCAUGCCGCAGCGAGUGGCAGAUGAUCGAGUGGGUUAUUUUUCCAAACGAUACAGUCAGUACAGUCUGACUGAUCAAGAGAUCAGCGACGGCAAUGGCUACCAUCGAUGGGAUCCUCAGAUGACCGUCAUUCAUCGUCGAAAACUCGAGCUGGACAGCUCUGGAAAAACGACGAAAAACCCAAUCACGUACUAUAUCGAUCCAUCCGUACCGAAGGAAUGGAGAGAAGCCUUUGCUACUGGUGUGAAAGCCUGGAACCCUGCUUUUGAGAGAAUUGGUUUCCCGAAUGCAAUUCGUGCAGUGCUUCCAGGAGACAGCGACUGGCCGAGUGAUUACCGGCUUGGAGAUCUUCGGUACAACAGCAUCUCGGUUAUGAUAUCGGAGCAGACUUACGCUUACGGCCCUUCUAUUACUGACCCGCGAUCUGGGGAGAUCUUGCACAGCGAUAUUGUCUUCGAAUAUGGGUUUUUCAAUGAAGUGAUGUUCAGUUUCGACAUGAAAUCACUAGUAGACCCACCACGAGCCCGAAGUGAACAUAGUAACGGAGACAACGCAAAAGUAUUGAAAGCAAACGCGCAGUUCCAACACACUCGCACAGGUCAAAGUCGGUCUUGUGGACUCGCUCAUGAAGACCAGCACAAAGCUGAUUGGAUGAUGCUGAGCUCAGUCACUGGAGAUGAACAGGGCUUCGUUCCUAAAAGACUUGUCGCCCAACACUUUGCUGAUAUUGUCAUGCACGAAGUGGGCCACACUCUCGGUUUACGUCACAACUUUGCCGGCUCAUCAGCUUAUUUACGUGACCAGCUACGAGACCCUGCAUUCGUUGCCGAACACGGAUUAUCGACAUCGAUCAUGGAUUAUUUGCCGGUGAAUAUCUUCUCGGAUCUGACUAAGGACGAAGCGAAAAAUCAUGGUUUCUUUAUGACUACAAUCGGAGCUUACGACUAUGCUGCAAUCGCCUACGGCUACUCAAUUAUUUCUGACGAGACCCCUGGCUACAAACAUCCUCGUUUGUCUGAACUGGCAGCAAAUGCACCACUGUUUCUUACUGAUGAAACUGUGGACUACAUGCUGAACCCUUAUGCUCAGCGCUUCGACUUGUCUUCCGACCCAGUGGACUACGCAGCUGAUCGUCUUAAGUUCGUCCAAAACGCGCGAAGUUCUAACGCUGCGCUUAAUAAAAUACCAGAUGACGCCUCGUGGACCACUCUAUGGCAGCGCGAAAUUGUAUACCUGCGACUACUGGAGCAAGCCAUUGACAUCGUUCGACCGGUUCUUGGAGGAGUGAACAUCACUCAUGCACACCGUGGUAAGGAUGGAGGCGCUUACAAUGCUACAUUCGUGUCCAAAGAAACUCAACUUCAGGCUCUUAAGGUGCUUCUGCGCAUAGUAGAAGCGGAAAAGGGGCUAUUCCCUGAGCCGAAAGACUACAACUCCUUCGUGGAGGUAGUUGGCUAUGAUGACGAGGACUGUAACGAGUCAACUCUGGAUUAUGCUUGUCUUGGACGAGGACUAGUGGAUGUUGGCGCCUACGUUCUUCGCUACAGCAAGAUGUUCAGAGUCCUUUGGCACUGGAUGAGCUGCUGA